AUGUGCUUCCCGGCAGUACCGGGAUACGCCCAUCACCAGCGUGACUCGCCCCCCCGCGUACCUGCCCCGCAGAUCCAGUACGGCCCCUGCCGCCGGCGGCAGUGCCGCUUUUCGCACCCACCAGCCCUUCCCCACCAGGCCCGCAUCGCCGCCCGCUCUUUCAAAUUCUCCCGAGGCGGCCUGCCCGAGCGGUUCCUGCUUCGUGGGAGCACAGGUCGCGGCGCGGAGAAGCCCAAGGCUGCGGGCAGCCCACCGACGAGGACUGUGGACGGGACGGCACGGAGUCCAGGGGAGAAGCGCACAAGGUAG